AUGGUCAUUGUGCACGGACGUUUUUCGUUCGUGUUCUCAAUUUGCUGCUCUUUUUUUUUUCAUUUCAGCGACAUCUUCGACGCGAUGUUUCCCGUCACCCACAUCGCCGAUGAAACGGUCAUUCAGCAAGGUGAUGAGGGAGAUAACUUCUACGUUAUAGACCAGGGAGAAGUUGACGUGUACGUGAAUGCCGAGCUGGUGACGAGCAUCGGCGAGGGCGGCAGCUUCGGCGAGCUGGCGCUCAUCUACGGCACGCCCCGCGCCGCCACCGUCAAGGCCAAGACUGACCUCAAGCUGUGGGGCAUUGACCGCGACAGCUAUCGCCGCAUCCUCAUGGGCAGCACGCUGAGGAAGAGGAAGAUGUACGAAGAGUUCCUCAGCAAGGUCUCCAUCCUCGAGUCUUUGGACAAAUGGGAGCGUCUGACUGUGGCCGAUUCCCUUGAGCCUGUGCAGUUUGAGGACGGCCAAAAGAUCGUGGUGCAAGGAGAGCCGGGAGAUGACUUCUUCAUCAUCACCGAGGUGAGGCGACAGUGGCGUGCGUCGGCGACUUUGAGAUUUGAAGAUGGCUCAAAGCUUCGCGAUCGGCCGUAGGAAAAGUUUGCUGUC